AAUAGAAAAUCGCUGGUAAAAAGCAGAGUGUAAAAUUGUGAAAAAAAACCAAAUCAAUUAAUGCAAUUAAGCCUUUCAAAUACAAAAACAUAAUAGAAAAUACAUAUUACCAAAUAGUGUGCAAAAUAUAUGGUGAAAUUGGUUAAUAGUUAUUGUAAUAAUUUAGCUAAAAAAAUAAAUAACAAAAAAAAAACUUCAAUGAAAUUUUGCUUAUCAUUGUUUUAGAAAAACAAAAUAACGAUAGUGAGUUUUUGUGGACGGCCUGAAAAGGGUAAAAAAAAUUGCAUAAUUUUGUUGUUGUUGCUUUGUUUUUUGUUGUGUUUCGAGUUAAUUUUUUACCACAAUCUUCAAUAAUUUCAUUUUUUAUAUAUAAUUCAGUGAUUAAAAAACUCUACGCAUAAGUACCAGAGUAAUUUAAAAAUAAAAACAUAAAUGAACUUAAAUUUUAAAAUGUUUUUAAAAUAAUUUGAAUAUAGAUAAGAAAUUGAUUUUGCUGGUAAAAUUCUUAGUUUUGAAUUUUGUCUAGUUUUUUUGUUUUAUAGUGUAUCGAAAGUGUUGGGCAAAACAGUUGCCAAACAUCAUUAUCGAUUAUCAACAUGCUGUAUUGUCCCCCCAAUGUGACCUUCUCACAAAUCUGGAUUAAUCAUGGCAUCUCACAUUGUUUUAUGGACACUGUGGGUACUUCCGUAUGCGCUGCUGUCAUGCUCAUUUUUGGUCUAAUCCAGUUAUACAUGUAUCGUAAAUAUGCUGUGCGCAUAACGGAUCCCGCUUUACUUGUUAAAUCCAGACUUUAUGGUUUACAAUUGUUCCUAUUGUGUUUCUUUCCCAUGCUACAGUUGGUUAGAUUUAUAUUGAAUGCUCGAGUCUAUGACAACAGUGCAAUUUAUGGUUACAUGAUUCUCUCUACAGUUUUGGUAUGUGUUGCUUAUCCAUUUUCCAUUUGUUUGGUGCACAAAGAGCGAAACUAUCAAUUGCCAUCGGUACCCACAAGAGGUCAUGGUUUAAUAUUGCUACUAUUCUGGACACUGGCCUUUAUUAAUGAAUCUUUGGCUUUUAUAAAUCUUAGACAUGAGGACUGGUGGUUUAACUUGAAAACAAACAAAGAUGAAAUUGAAAUGGGUCUAUUUGUUACACGUUUCCUCACCUCCUUGCUAAUCUUUGUGUUGGGUCUUAAGGCUCCCGGCAUACAAUUUUUAUAUGAUGAACAUCGCCGCUUAGAAGAGGAUAAUGUAGAAAAUCAAGGUCUGCAAAGAGGUUCGGCAUUUCGGAACGCUUUUAAGAAAUUACGUAAACUAUUUCCCUAUUUAUGGCCCAAGAAGGACAUCUUUCUACAGAUUGCAGUUUUGCUAUGUAUUCUAUUAUUGGCUGCGGGACGUGUAAUUAAAUUAUAUUUGCCCAUUUAUCGCAAAAAUUUGGUGGACAGCUUAACCAUUGAACCCAUAGUCUUUCGCUGGGAUUAUGUUUUAAUCUAUGUAGCUUUAUCCUUCCUGCAAGGCGGCGGCACUGGCACUAUGGGCUUGUUUAAUAACUUGCGCUCAUUUCUGUGGAUUAGGGUGCAACAGUAUACAACUCGUGAAAUUGAAGUGGAUCUCUUCCAACAUUUACACUACUUAUCGUUGCGCUGGCAUUUGCAGCGUAAAACCGGUGAAGUUUUGCGUAUCAUGGAUCGUGGCACAGACUCCAUAAAUAAUUUACUCAAUUAUAUAAUAUUUUCCAUAACGCCCACUAUUGUGGAUUUAAUAGUGGCCGUGGUAUUUUUCAUUUACGCCUUCAAUUGGUGGUUUGGUUUAAUUGUGUUUUUAACCAUGUUUUUGUAUAUUUUGGCCACUAUUCUGGUAACUGAAUGGCGUACUCAGUAUCAAAGACGCAUGAAUCAGGCCGAUAAUGAACAACGGGCUCGCAGUGUAGAUUCUUUAAUCAAUUUCGAAACUGUUAAGUAUUAUGGUGCCGAACAGUAUGAAGUGAAUGCCUAUCGCGAUGCUAUCAAAAAAUAUCAAAAAGAGGAAUUCCUUUCUUUGGUCACCCUCAACAUUUUGAAUACUUCACAAAACAUUAUUUUGUGUUUGGGUCUGUUGUGCGGUUCCAUGCUGUGUGUCUAUCUAGUGGUGCAGCAUCAAACUCUAACCGUGGGUGAUUUUGUGCUCUUCUUUACCUAUUUAAUGGAUUUGUACAUGCCUUUAAAUUGGUUUGGCACCUACUAUCGUGCCAUACAAAAGAAUUUCGUUGAUAUGGAGAACAUGUUUGAAUUGCUCAAGGAAGAGGAGGAGAUUGUCGAUGCUCCGGGCAGUGGUCCUCUGUUGACCAUGGGUGGUGCCAUACAAUUUAAGGAUGUGUCUUUUGGUUAUUCACCCGAAAAGAUAGUACUCAAGAAUGUUUCUUUCAAAGUACCAGCUGGUAAGACCGUGGCCAUUGUUGGUCCUUCGGGUGCGGGCAAGAGUACUAUUGUUCGUUUGCUGUUCCGUUUCUACGAUGUACAAUCGGGAGCUAUACUAAUUGAUGGCCAAGACAUUAAACUGGUUACUCAGGAGAGUUUAAGACAGGCUAUAGGUGUGGUGCCUCAGGACACGGUUUUGUUUAACAACAGCGUUUUCUACAACAUUGAGUAUGGAAAGAUUGGUGCCAGUGCCGAUGAGGUGUACGAGGCGGCCCGUAUGGCUGACAUACACGAUCGUAUACUCAGUUUCCCCGAACGUUACGAAACUAAGGUGGGUGAGCGAGGUCUGCGCUUGAGUGGUGGCGAAAAACAAAGAGUAGCCAUUGCCAGAACUUUGCUUAAAGCGCCGGCCUUGGUACUGCUAGAUGAGGCUACCUCAGCUUUGGAUACCAACACUGAAAGAAAUAUACAAGCUGCUUUAAAUCGUGUUUGCUCCAAUAGGACCACUGUUAUCAUUGCUCAUAGACUGUCCACUAUUAUACAUGCGGAUGAAAUAUUGGUUUUAAAGGAGGGUUCCAUAGCCGAAAGAGGUCGCCAUGAAGAUUUGCUUACGCAAGAAAAUGGCCUCUAUGCUCAAAUGUGGCAACAACAAUUGAAAAAUCUAGACGCUCCCUCCUCUUCUGCGGAAAAUUUGGAAGAGAAAGCAACUAAUGGUGGCGGUGGUGGUAAUGCUGCUGCUUAUUUAAGAGCCGGUCAUGCUCAUGGUGGCGCUCAUUAGUGUAAUUUCAAAAUCUUUAAUUUUAUUAUUGUAUCGAGAAAAAAAUUAUGAAUGUUGAUAUUUUUGUUUUUGUAUGAGUAAAAUUGGUUUUGUAACAAAAAAAAACUUUAUAACUACAUAUUUAUAAUAAUAAAUCUAUUGUGAUUUAGGGAUGCUGUAUAGAGAACAAACAAAAAUCAUGCUUUAUAAUAAGUUUAUAGAAAAAAUUAUAUAAAAAAAAAUUAAAAAAAAGAGAAAAUAAGAUCAUAUUUUAUAAUUAAGAUAAUUUAGGUUAAUUUUUAAAUAAAAUGCAAAUAAAACUUUGAAAGUUUAAACAAAAAAUUGUAAAAA